AUGUCCGAUUCUGGUAACGACUCUGAUGAUUAUUUUGACGAUGAGAUUGACGACGUUAUCGUCCCUGGGACACCCGAUGCAGCUGAAUCAGCCCAGACGAACAACCGUCCAGCAAAGCAAUCCGAUAUUUCCAUAGAUCGAGGCGAUGGGGAGGACGAAUUCCAAUCCCCCGACCGAAGGUCUGUCAACGGCGUUCAAUUUGAGGAUGUCGAGAGGACAUCCAAGUACAAGGUAUUUGUACCAAAGCGCAACAACUUCCAGGAGAAUAUAUUCGUCACACAAUUGACGCAGCCGCCUUCGCCCCCGGAGAUGAUUCGUGGCCCUCGAUGGAAGAAGCCUGGCCCCGAACCUCUUGCGCCCGAGCCUACAACAACCACAGUUGAUUCGAGUCAUCAACCGGAUCACUAUUAUGACGAAGAUAACGAAAUGGAGGCUGCUAUUGCAGCAUCACUGCGCUCAUUCGAGGAAGAGAACGGGGGAAAUAUCCACUCUACGGCACCCCGGUCUUCGGCAGCACAGACUGCUGUCGCGCCUUCCGCAGCACUGAAAGAGCCUGCAGCAGAUGUGCCAUUCGAUCUCGAUGAUAUACCAGAUGAUGCCUUCGAUUCGGACCUAUCCUUGUCGCCUCCCAGGACGACAUCUCAAGCAGCACGUAGGCCACCCCUUCAGUCCCAAUUCAGCACCAAUCGCCCGUUGGGCCUACGGCAAUCCACGUUAUUCGACAUGGCUGCGCGAAACUCGGACAUCCCCCCGCAGAGAGGGGAGCAAAUCUUCUUGCCACCGGAGAAAAAUGAACCUCCUACUCAUCACAAACUUAAUCAAGAGGCUAUGGACACGUGGGUCUACCCCACCAAUUUGGGGAAGACGAGAGACUACCAAUUUAAUAUCGCACAGCGAGGUCUUUUCCAUAAUCUGCUGGUUGCCCUUCCUACUGGUCUGGGAAAGACGUUCAUCGCAGCGACCAUUAUGCUCAAUUGGUAUCGAUGGACAAAGAGUGCUCAAAUCAUCUUCGUAGCACCGACGAAGCCCCUGGUAGCUCAGCAGAUCUCUGCUUGCUUCCAGGUGGUCGGCAUCCCGCGAUCACAGACGACAAUGCUGACAGGUGAAGCCGCGCCAGGCAUUCGCGCGGAGGAAUGGAAAACCAAACGUGUUUUCUUCAUGACCCCUCAAACCCUCGUCAAUGAUCUCAAGUCAGGAAUAGCCGACCCCAAACGUGUCGUCCUGCUCGUUGUUGACGAGGCUCAUCGUGCCACUGGGGGCUAUGCAUACGUGGAAGUGGUCAAGUUCCUCAAGCGGUAUAACAAGAGCUUCCGGGUCCUCGCCCUCACUGCAACUCCAGGUUCUACAGUGGAAUCAGUGCAAGCCGUCAUUGAUGGCCUGGGUAUUGCCAAAGUGGAGAUUCGCACCGAGCAGUCUCUCGACAUUCGGGAGUAUGUACAUGCUCGGGACACUGAGGUGCAAACGUUCCAGAAUUCCGAUGAAAUGGUGCUGUGCAUGGAGCUUUUCACAAGGACUCUGCAGCCGCUUGUCGACCAACUUCGUAACCUUAACGCCUACUGGGGAAGGGAUCCGAUGGCUCUCACCGCGUUCGGUCUCACCAAGGCCCGUCAGCAAUGGAUGGGUUCGGAUGCAGGGAGGAAUGCGAACCUUGGGCUGAAGGGCAAGGUCAACGCGAUUUUCACCGUCCUCGCGAGUCUGGCCCAUGCUAUUGAUCUCCUAAAGUAUCACGGUAUCACGCCGUUCUAUCGGCACCUUUUGCACUUUCAGUCUAACACUGACGGCCAAAAAGGGGGCAAGUAUCAACGCCAGAUUGUGCAGGAUGAAAGCUUCAAGAAACUCAUGAACCAUCUCCGGCCUUGGACUAAGAACCCAGAAUUCAUCGGCCAUCCGAAAUUGGAAUACCUCAAACAGGUCGUACUCAAUCACUUCAUGGAUCGCGGGGAAGGAACGGCAGCCCAUGGAGACCAGAGUCAGUCAGCAACACGAAUUAUGAUAUUUGUACAUUUUCGAGACAGCGCCGAGGAGGUUGUCCGAGUUCUGAAGCGGUACGAGCCUCUGAUUCGACCCCACGUGUUUGUAGGGCAGAGCAGUGCGAAAGGAUCCGAGGGAAUGGACCAAAAGACACAGUUGAGCAUUGUGCAAAAGUUCAAGAAAGGCACAUAUAACACUAUCGUGGCGACCUCAAUUGGUGAAGAAGGCCUUGAUAUUGGCGAGGUCGAUCUUAUUGUUUGCUACGACUCUUCGGCGUCACCCAUCCGCAUGCUUCAGCGCAUGGGACGUACUGGUCGUAAGAGAGCUGGUAAUAUUGUGUUGCUUCUGAUGCAGGGCAAAGAAGAGGAGUCUUAUAUUAAGGCCAAAGACAAUUAUGAGAAAAUGCAGCAGAUGAUAGCCAGCGGCACUCGUUUCGCCUUUCAUGACGACACAUCCCCUCGCAUCUUGCCCCCAGGAGUUCGGCCUGUGGCUGACAAAAGGCAAAUCGAUAUUCCGGUGGAGAACACGCAGGCUGAUUUACCAGAGCCCAGAAGGAGAGCACGGCCCCCAAAAAGGCCGCCGAAAAAGUUCCAUAUGCCAGAUGACGUCGAGACUGGCUUUGCAAAGGCGUCCAGUCUCACGGGGAAAGUGACGAAGAAAGCAGAAACUAAGAGAGCCGUUCGCAAACCAACUCCAGAGCCUGUGGAGAUUCCUGCCCUGGAAGAUGUUCUCCUUACGCCUGGGCAGCAACAGGAUCUUGAGCGACGCUAUUGUCAUAUAGGUGGCACUAGCCCAGAGUUCAUCCGGAACCCACGUGUUGACGCCUAUCCUCGUCUGCAAUCCCUUCCCAGACCGACAAAAGCUGUUAGACAUGGUUCCUUGACCUGCCGCAUGAUUAGCACUCUCCAAAAAAUGAGUAAGAUGAGUGCUGAUUGUGAAAGCCGAUAUAAGAGAGUGUUGGCUCUGGAGUCAAACAAGAAGAUUGAGGACUCGGUCCUCUCUCGCGAAUCGGUUCCUCCAGCGCAGAACAGUCGCCCGCCUGGGAACAAGCUUCACUUGUUGAAAAAGCAGUCGGCCAAUUCAAGGCCAAACAGUGUACAUGUGCGGGAAGGCGGCAAUGUCGACGAUUGCACUCCCGAGCUGCUGUCUCCUGAAAAGUUGAUGUCGUCUUUUCUGGAACCUCAUACCGAAAGACCCUCCUAUUCAUCACAAAGAAGCCAAGAUGGUUUUGAAUCAGAUCUUGAAUUCCCUGAUGUGGAGACACUUCUCAAUCGCAGCGCAGAGCGUCAUGCUUCUCGCAAGCGGAAUAGAUUUGUUCUCGAUGAUGACAGUGAGGAUUGA